AUGGCUUCGUCCGAGCUGCCGGCAGGCUCUGCCGCCUGGCCUCACAACAUCUUCCGCCUGGAGAACCUGCAGGGAGAAACAGAGAGAGCUGAGAACGAGGAUGCUGAAGGAGCACUGCGCGGGGAGGAGAGCGAAGGAGGGGCCGGGGCCCGGGGCGAGGGGAACCGCGCCCUUGUCCCCCAGGGACCGCAGGGGAAGACCCAGUUCCCUCUCAGCCUCUUCCCCCCAGCCUGCUCCACCACGGCUCAGGCACGGCCAGACCGGACCGGAGCCGACCGCGCGUCGGUGCCGUUCGCUCUCAACCGUGACGGCCCCGCGGGAGCCCCGGCGCGCCCCUCACCGCGAUCCCCAGCGGCUGCUGCUGGGCUGCGCGUCCGGUACCGACGGCGACAAGCACUGCGCAUGCGCCAGCGCGGCCGCCUGGGGCACGGAGGACGGGGCGGGGCCAGAGCCCUAGGGGCGGGGUUAAGCUGGGUCAGAGCCCUCCGAGCUGUUGGGGUUUCUUUGGAGAGCGCCUCGGGAAGAGCUUGCACCACCUCUGAGCCCGUGCUGUUGCCAUUCCCAGAGAUACGUUUGGCCAACGGCCCCAGCCGCUGCCAGGGGCGGGUGGAGAUCCUCUACAACGGCUCCUGGGGCACGGUCUGUGACGACGACUGGGACAUCGUGGACGCCAACGUGGUGUGUCGCCAGCUGGGCUGUGGCCACGCCAUCGCCCUGCCCCCCGCCAUGACCUUCGGCCAAGGGACUGGCCCCAUCCUCCUGGACAACGUGGACUGCAAGGGCCAGGAGGCAGCCCUCAGCGAGUGCUGGAGCCACGGCUGGGGCAUCCACAACUGCUACCACUACGAGGACGUGGCUGUUGUGUGCAAUGAGUUCUCGCCCACGCAAGGCAGCGAAGGAGCAACGAGCAGGAGCCUCACUGCCUCCAUCCAGGCUGGGGAAAGCGACGGCAGCGUCCGGCUGGUGAGCGGCGCCGACAGCUGCCAGGGCCGGGUGGAGAUCUUCUACCGCGGGACCUGGGGCACCGUCUGCGAUGACGACUGGGGCCUGAGCGACGCCAGCGUGGUCUGCAAGCAGCUGGGCUGCGGCCAGGCGCUGGACUACAAGAGCAAUGCCUACUUCGGCUAUGGCACGGGCCACAUCCUGCUCGACAACGUCCACUGCGACGGCACCGAGCCCUUCCUGGCCGCCUGCUACAGCCUGGGCUGGGGCGUCCACAACUGCGGCCACCACGAGGAUGCUGGAGUCAUCUGCGCAGGGCUGGACACCUCCACCAUCACCUCCUUCACCACCUCAGCGGCCCUGGGCUCCGAAGAGACUCUCACUGCCACGGCCACAGCAGUGACAGACACCAGGGACCAGCCCUCCCAGGCCACCCAGGUGGCCACCACUGCUCUCCUCACCCUGGAGCAGGAAAGUGGCGCCUUGCGGCUGGCGAACGGCAACGGGAGCUGCCGCGGGCGGGUGGAGGUGCGGCACGGCGGCACCUGGGGCACCGUCUGCGACGACGAUUGGGACUUCCCCGACGCCCAGGUGGUUUGUCGCCAGCUGGGCUGCGGCGCCGCCCUGGCCGCCACCGUCCUGGGCUCCUUCGGCUACGGCCGCGGCCCCGUCCUGCUGGACAACGUGGGGUGCGGCGGCGGCGAGGCUCGCCUGGCAGACUGCUUCCACCUGGGCUGGGGGCAGCACAACUGCGGCCACCACGAGGACGCCGGAGUCAUCUGCAGAGGCACUGAUGAUGCUGGAGAGCAUUUCCAAGAGGCCACUGCUACAACCACCACAGCUGCCCAGACUCAGCCCAAGGAUGGGUCCCUGCGGCUGGUGAACGGCAGCCACCGCUGCGAGGGCCGGGUGGAGCUGUUCCUCCUGUCCCAGUGGGGCACGGUGUGCGACGACGCCUGGGACCUGAGGGACGCCAAGGUGGUCUGCAGGCAGCUGGGCUGCGGGCAGGCGCUGGCAGCCUGGGGGGAGGCUCGGCACGGCCAGGGCAGAGGCUACAUCUUCCUGGACAACCUCAAGUGCAAGGGCCAUGAGCCGUCGCUGCUGCGCUGCUCGCACAUCCGCUGGGACGUCCACAACUGCGACCACUCGGAGGACGCCAGCGCCACCUGCAGCAGCCUAUGA